CCAGCCCCCCUCUCCAUUGAUGGUGCAUUUCUUCCCCGAUAAAGGCGCUGUGCCGCGAUGCUUGUAACAUCAAUCACAUCCAGCGCGCGGGGCGCAUAUCGUCUCCCGCCCAUCAGCUUGAAGAUGCCCCCGCCUCGGGUGUGGGAUUCGCGUCUCUCCGCUCCAUUAUCCCGUCAAAAUCGGAUGCUGUCUCGGCAGGAGCCGUGUCAGUGAAUGGACGUGCCAUUUAUUUAAUUCGCAGAGAGCCUAAAGUUGGGACCGGAGACUUUCAGCACCACUUUUCCGCGGACAGCGCUCGCAAUGAUUUGGAGGGGGGAGAUCGACGCAGCAUCGAAAUGCGUGUGGACUUCUUUUGGAUACUGUUCAAAAACAAUGUUUAGAUGUUAAUUAAAACAUUUUAAGACAGAAUUGUCCGGGAAACAUUCGCGCCGCACGUUAAAAGACGCAAAAAAAAGGUACGAUUUUUCGCUUUGGAUAUGGUUCAAUUCUUGUGAAAGGAUUCGUCAUGGGCGCGAGAUAGGGGAAUUGGCUCUGAAGCCCGUGGACCCGAGCAAGCCUGAGGGCUCUGACAUAUACCAAAAUCCCUGCCCAGGGGAACAGGGGAGAUUAAAAACUUCUGAUUGAGGUGGAGUGGAAAAAAAGACACAAAGAGAGAAAGGGAGAGAAAAAGCUUUCCGUUCACCUUUGUUCUCUCUAAUGCCCCAAGUGAAGGAUGCCCACAGGCAAGUCUGUGAAUAACAACAAACGUAAGAGCAGCUGCCCACCGCUGUGGUCGGACGAUGGAGUGAAAGACGAGAAGAGGGCAGGACUGCACCCCUGUGAAAUAGCCGUCCUCGUAUUCUAAAUUAAUUGAAUGACAGGGAGCGAGGAGAGGCAUGAGAGGAAGCCUCUUCCGUGCCAACCGCUUCGAGAGGCAUCGCGAUCAACCCUCCGGCCGUCCUAAAACAAUACCCGGCUUCUGCCCUCCUCCGAUUGCCCGGUUCGGUUGCACCGCGUCGCCGCGCGCUCGGGCCGCGGCCAUGUUUCAAGCCCCGGUGUGCAAACCGGAUUGGAGCAGGCAAACUCUGCUGCUGCUGCUGCUCCUCUGCAGCGCCCUCAAGGCCGCUCAGGCUGCCAAACCCAAAGGGUCGGGACAAACGCAUUUGAACUCCAUCCGCAUCGACGGGGACAUCUCCUUGGGCGGGCUCUUCCCAGUGCACGCCAGGGGCCACGACGGCAAGCCGUGCGGGGAGCUGAAGAAGGAGAAGGGCAUCCACAGACUGGAGGCCAUGCUCUUUGCCCUUGACCGCAUCAAUAAUGACCACAACCUGCUGCCCAACAUCACGCUGGGGGCGCGCAUCCUGGACACCUGCUCCAGGGACACACACGCCUUGGAGCAGUCGCUCACCUUCGUGCAGGCUCUGAUCGAGAAGGACGGGACGGACGUCAAGUGCGUGGGCGGGGGAGCGCCGAUCAUCACUAAGCCUGAGAGGGUGGUGGGCGUCAUCGGCGCCUCCUCCAGCUCCGUCUCCAUCAUGGUGGCUAACAUACUGCGCCUGUUCAGGAUACCCCAGGUGAGCUACGCCUCCACAGCCCCGGAGCUCAGCGACAACACCCGCUACGACUUCUUCUCCCGCGUUGUGCCUCCGGACACCUACCAGGCCCAGGCCAUGGUGGACAUUGUCAAGGCCAUGCGCUGGAACUACGUCUCCACAGUGGCCUCGGAGGGGAACUACGGAGAAAGCGGCGUCGACGCCUUCAUUCAGAAGUCCCGGGAGGACGGGGGCGUGUGCAUCUCCCAGUCUGUCAAGAUUCCCCGGGAGCCCAAACAGGGGGAGUUCGACAAGGUCAUCCGACGCCUGAGAGAAAACCCGAAUGCGAGAGUCGUCAUCCUUUUUGCCAACGAAGACGAUAUCAAGCGGCUACUUCACGCUGCUAAAAAGGCCAACCAGACGGGUCAUUUCAUCUGGGUGGGGUCGGACAGCUGGGGAUCAAAGAUCUCUCCGGUCGUGCACCAGGAGGAGAUGGCGGAGGGGGCCGUCACCAUCCUGCCCAAGCGCCAGUCCAUCAGAGGGUUUGAUCGUUACUUCAUCAGCCGAACGCUGGAGAACAACAGAAGGAAUAUCUGGUUUGCUGAGUUCUGGGAGAACAACUUCAGCUGCAAACUCAGCCGUCACGCCGUGAAGAAAGGGUCCGGCCUGAAAAAGUGCACAAAUCAGGAGCGGAUUGGAAAGGACUCAAACUACGAGCAGGAAGGAAAGGUGCAGUUUGUCAUUGACGCCGUCUAUGCAAUGGCUCAUGCGCUGCACAACAUGCACCAGGAGCUGUGCCCGGGGAAGGUGGGCCUCUGCGCUAAAAUGGAUCCCAUCAACGGCACUCAUCUGCUGAAGCACAUCCGCCGUCUGAACUUUGCAGGCAUUGCUGGAAAUCCAGUGCUCUUCAAUGAAAACGGAGACGCUCCUGGACGAUACGACAUCUACCAAUACCAGAUCCAAAACCAAACCGCAGAGUACAAGAUAAUUGGCAACUGGACGGAUCAACUCCAUCUCAACGUCAGUACGAUGCAGUGGCCCCGCGGCGGCCGCCACAUCCCGUCCUCCAUCUGCAGUCUGCCCUGUCAGGCCGGCGAGCGCAAGAAGGUGGUGAAGGGGAUGCCCUGCUGCUGGCACUGCGAACGCUGCGACGGCUAUCAGUACCAGGCGGACACCUACACGUGCAAGAUGUGUCGCUUUGAUUUACGGCCCAACGGCAACCACACCGGCUGCGUUCCGAUCCCCAUCGUGAAGCUGGAGUGGAGCUCUCCGUGGGCCGUCUUCCCCGUGCUCAUCGCCGUCGUCGGCAUCAUGGCCACCGUGUUCGUGGUGGUCACGUUCGUCCGCUACAACGACACCCCCAUCGUGAAAGCGUCGGGCCGGGAGCUGAGCUACGUGCUGCUGACUGGCAUCUUCCUCUGUUACGCCACAACGUUCCUGAUGAUUUCCACCCCCGAUGUGGGAAUAUGCUCCCUGCGGAGGAUCUUCUUGGGUCUCGGCAUGAGCAUCAGUUACGCCGCCUUGCUCACCAAAACCAAUCGCAUUUACCGCAUCUUUGAGCAGGGUUCCAUGUGCGUCAGCGCACCCCGCUUAAUUUCUCCAGCCUCCCAGCUUGUAAUCACGUUCACCUUGGCCUCGGUGCAGCUGCUCGGGGUGUGCAUCUGGUUUGGCGUGGACCCCUCCAAGGCCAUUAUCGACUAUGAGGACCAGAGGACCUCGAACCCGGUGAUGGCUCGUGGCGUGCUCAAGUGUGACAUCUCGGAUCUGUCUCUCAUCUGCCUGCUGGGCUACAGCAUGCUGCUCAUGGUCACCUGUACAAUCUACGCCAUAAAAACCAGAGGGGUGCCGGAGACCUUCAACGAGGCCAAGCCCAUCGGUUUUACCAUGUACACCACCUGCAUCAUUUGGCUGGCAUUCAUCCCGAUCUUCUUUGGUACUUCACAGUCCACGGAAAAGAUGUACAUCCAAACAACCACACUGACCAUCUCCGUGAGCCUGAGCGCCUCCGUGUCCCUGGGGUUGCUCUACAUGCCCAAGGUCUACGUGGUGCUCUUCCACCCCGAGCAGAAUGUGCCCAAGCGCACGCGCAGCCUGAAGGCCGUGGUUACCGCCGCCACCAUGUCCAACAAGUUCAACCCCAAGGCCGGACUCAGACCCAACGGAGAAGCCAAGACCGAGCUGUGUGAAAGCCUGGAGACGCAAUCGGCUACACCUGAAAUCUAACGCCACAUGCUAAAAGCUUUCCCGACAAAGCAAACCUACAUCAGCUACAGCAACCACGCAAUCUAAUGACCACAAUGUCCACAUCGGCGGAGUUUCACCCGGUCGGCAUGGGAGACGGGCGUGCCGUCGUCCGGCGGGAGAUCACCAAAGCGUUGCCCAAAGGCGCCGCGCGGCGAGGGACCGCGGGGGGACCGAAACAGAAAAAAACACGGCGUGGUUGCAGUUUCCAUCUUCUGUCCUCCUCACAAGAUUACACACACACACACACACACACACACACACAAAAAAAAAGAAAAGAAAAAAUGUAAAAAUACGUGCAUGGCAGCGGCUGAUGGAUGGAGCUUUCCUUUUGAGUGUUUACAUUUCAGCUGUGCCCUCUUUCAAAAACCCUCUCCGUCGCCGCCGGCGUUGAUGACUGAAACAGAACUAAGAUCAACAACGUGUUCAGGUGUUCGCAAUGUCGUCUGCCAGUUUUGGAGACUGUAAUCAAUCUAAAAACCCUCGAGACGCCGCAAGGGAUUAAUCGACACCAAAAAGGCAUGAAAACAUUGUGCGUGGAUUUCUGAACAGGGGAGGAGGCUUGUGUUUUGUAUUUUAUUUCCAACUGUACUCCGGCCUCAUGAGUCUCAAGCGGCUGGAAGCGGUGAUCAUCCUCUCGACAACGCAACAAAUCCCUGCCAGACCAAAAGUUUUUUGUUUUUUUCAGGAGUCAAGAAGGAGUACGCGUAUAAGAUGGUCUCUGCUGAUUUUGAGCAUGCCAGUUUUAACAUCCUGUGUUGUGUUGUUAAAAAAAAAAAGAAACGAAAAAAAACCCCAGAUAUCUUUGGAAUGCGUUUAAACUCUGUUGCAGCGUUGUUAACAAUUUGUUUUGGGCCCGAGCCCGUCGUACGUUUUAGAAACUGUUGGUGACGGUCUAGUGAGUGAUUAUUUAUCUGUGCUUAAAGUGAGGCCAUGAUUUGUAUUACCAGCUAGCCGAAGGCUGCCACUGCCCUCCACACGCCUGUAUGUGCUUUGAAACAAUGGCUCGUGGUUACCAUCAACCGUGUUUGGACCGCGGGAGACGUUACUGCAAGCCGUCGUCCAGGAUCGACCCCCCCCCCACCCACCAUCACUGCCACCAGCUUUUCUCCUGGUCACACGUAGUGUAAGGGUAAAGCUUAGCUGAAGACAUCCAUUAGGAGGGGGAAUUAAGAUGAAGUGUGCCCUUGAGGGGAUUGUGCAAUAUGACCUGAAGGUGAUAUCCGUAAUGGACCAGCUACUGAGAAAAUUCAUUACUACACGUGUCCCCCUCAGGCACUCCCGUGAUGAGGGGGGAGGUGUCGGGGAAGGUGUGAGGCUUUUCAACAAAUGAAAAUUUAAUUGCAUAAGAAUAAAAUAUCUUUAUCGAUCACCGAGAGCUCGCUGAACAGAUGAAUGGUCGGCUUUGUGAGGUAAAAAGCGCUCUAAUGUCCCUGUGGAAAAACAUUGGAGGGGGGGGGGGGUCAUUUGUGUUGUGAAUUCAAUGCUGCUCUUCAUACCUCCCCCUGUAUUACUUUCAACACCAUUUGUGUUGCAGAAUAAAAUGUGAGUGCUGACCAAAUUAAAUGGCAAGUUAAUGUAUGUUAUUAAAUAGAAUAAUGACGUCUGCUUUAUGUCCUGACAUAUCCUUAAUUUGGGGUAAAAUGUAGAAAAAGAUACAGUGCCUGGCUAUCUAAAUAUGUAUUUGUAAAACCCCAUGAAAACUAAUGGAGUGUGUGAAGCAUGUUUAGUUUUUUUUAUACAAAAUUUUAUUUCUAUUAAAAAUGUUUUGAAACUUCAA